AUGGUUGAUUGGAAUGGUAACUCUAAGAAGAUGCGUAUCAAUGAGAUGAGUCAAGUCAGGUUUUCUUCAGUGCCUGAGUGUUUGUUAUCGUCCCUCGAGUUUGUCGAUAUUAAGAGCACCAUCUUGGGAUUUGCCGUAGAAAUGAAGGUAGCGAGAUACUUCCUACAGAAUUCGACAAUCCUCAAGAAACUCACUAUAUGUUUGCAUGAUCAUGCAAUUCAAGAUGACUUUGUCAAGAAACUCCUCGAGAUCUCAAGGCGCUCUAUCACAUGUGAAGUCGUCGUCCUUGGAAUGGUGAAGACUAUAGAGAAUAUGUCAAGCUUGUCUUUGACUGGUUUAAGCAAUUGA